AUGAGCUACUGGCAUGACAAGGAGAAAACGGCCAAUGCCGCCACAGAGUCAACAGCGGCCUCGCAUGAGUCUUCGAUUGGAGGCGGAUACACUGCAGCUGAAGGCCUCAACUCUAGCAUUACUACCUACCAAGAUGCUUCGGGUGCACCUGUUGAGACCAGCUCUCCAUUGGGGUACUCAGUUGGGUUUAUGGCUGCCCUCUGUUUGAAUAUCAAUCAAAUGGUCGGGACUGGUAUAUUCUCAACACCGGCCACCAUUCUAUCGGGUGUUGGUUCGGUAGGACUGACGAUGAUAUACUGGUUCAUUGGUUAUCUUCUUUCCCAGAGUAUUCUUUCUCUUUAUCUAGAGUACGCCUCAUAUUUUCCUAGCCGGUCAGGAUCUGAGGUGGUCUACCUCGAACAAGCCUUUCCCGAACCCAAAUAUCUCAUUCCGACGAUAUUUGCUGCGAAGCAUGUGAUAUUUUCUUUCGCAAGCAGCAACGCAGUUGUCAUGGCACAGUACAUUUUCGGAAUCGGUGGCGAUUCUUAUACACCUUGGCAGAUGAAAGGAGUAGCAGUUGCACUAUACACGCUCGCAUACUUUGUUGUCAGUGCUAGCACGAAAUGGUCUUUGAAGCUUGUUAUCUGGUUCGGGAUAGUGAAGAUUCUCACCCUAGUCUUAAUUUCGAUUGCUGGCUUGGUCGUUCUUGGGGGUCAUACAAAAGUUCCAGAUCCCGGAAAUUGGAAAGAUCCGUGGCAAGGGACAUCUGAAGCAACCGCGUAUGGAGCAACCAACGCUAUGGUCAAGUUAAUAUUUUCAUAUAUGGGCUAUACCAAUGCAUUUGGGGUAGUCAAUGAGAUUAAAAACCCCGUGAAAAUUCUCCGGUGGAGUGCUCCGAUUUCACUCCUUCUUGUCACCGGACUGUACAUCCUUGUCAAUGUUGCUUAUUUCUCGGCUGCGUCUCGAGAGGAGAUCCUUGCAUCGAAGCAGGUUGCAGCGUCUAUCUUUUUUGAAAAGGUUUUUGGCAAGCAUGGUGCAUCCAAUGCAUUGGAUGUACUUGUUUGCUUGAGCGCUUUCGGAAACCUGAUCGCAGUUCUGGUGAACACGUCACGAUUACUUCGCGAGACAGGAAGACAAGGAGUUCUCCCUUGGCCCAAGUUUUGGACAUCGGUUAAACCGUUCGGGACUCCCCUCGGACCCUAUACAGUACAGUGGGCAUUGACUGUUUUGAUGAUUAUAUGUCCACCGGCUGGAGAUGCUUUCAAUUUUGUCGUCGAUCUCUCGGUCUACCCAACAAAUAUUUUUAACUUUUUGUUGGUAAUUGGAUUAGUCCUUAUUCGCAGACGCCGCAAAGCCCUCAAUCUUCCUCGCCCUGAAUAUUCUGCCUGGUUCAUCUCUAUCGCAUUCGCAUUCUUACUCACACUUUAUAUGCUUAUCGCCCCUUGGUAUCCUCCUUCAACCGGCGCAAACGGCGGAGACGUCAGUUUUUGGUACGGAACAUACUUGGUGGUCGGCAUUGGCCUAAUUACCGCUUGUGUCGUAUAUUACUAUGUUUGGAUCAAUUUAAUCCCUAAGUAUAAGGGUUACGAGUUUAGACAGACUGUUGUCGAGUAUGAAGAUGGUUCCAUCGCGCACCAACUUGUCAAGAUUCCAAAGACAGAACUCAUGAUUUGGGACGCCCAGCACGAUUCCACCGGUCGUUCAUUGACCCAUAUCUAA